UCCCGGGGUUUGUAAGCCCGGUGAUGGACCCGGACGGGGCAAUCGCGGGGCGGCGGCGGUCGCUUCUGCCGUGUCUGCUGCUCCUGUGGUCCAGGCUGGCGUUGGGCGCGCUCCCCUUCAGCAGCAGCCCCCGCCGGGUCCUCCACGACCUCCUGUCGGAGCAGCAGUUGCUGGAGGUGGAGGACUUGUCCCUGUCCCUGCUGCAAGGGGGAGGGCUGGGGCCGCUGUCCCUGCCCCCGGACCUGCCGGAUCUGGACCCCGAGUGCCGGGAGCUGCUGCUGGACUUCGCCAACAGCAGCGCUGAGCUGACCGGCUGUCUAGUACGCAGCGCCCGGCCCGUGCGCCUCUGUCAGACCUGCUAUCCUCUCUUCCAACAGGUCUCCGACAAGAUGAACAACAUCAGCCGAACCGUGGGGAAUACUUCAGAAAGCCACAGCUGUGCCAGGAGCCUCCUAAUGACAGAUCGAGUACAAAUAGUUGUGAUUCUCUCUGAGUUCUUUAAUUCCAUGUGGAAGGACGCAAACUGUGCAAAUUGUUUAACAAACAACAGUCAAGAGUUAUCAAACAGCACAGUCUACUUCCUCAGUCUGUUUAAUCAGACCUUGACCUGCUUUGAGCAUAACAUUCAGGGCAACUCAUACAGUCUUCUACAGCCGAGAAAUUACUCACAAGUUUGCAAAAAGUGCAGCACGGUGUACAAAAGCCUGAGUGCAGUGUACAGCAAGAUGCAAAAGGCAGAGGAGCGUGAGAAUAAGGCUGAGCCUGGGACACACCUCUGUAUCGAUGUGGAAGAUGCCAUGAAUAUAACUCGCAAACUCUGGAGUCGGACCUUCAACUGUUCGGUCCCUUGCAGUGACACCGUGCCUGUCAUCGCCGUGUCUGUGUUCAUGCUCUUUCUACCUGUGGUCUUCUACCUCAGUAGCUUUCUUCACUCAGAGCAAAAGAAACGCAAACUCAUUCUACCCAAACGUCUCAAGUCCAGUACGAGCUUUGCGAACAUUCAUGAGAAUUCAAACUGAAACCUACCGGAUGGAUUGCUGACGCCGUGCCACGCAGAUGCAGAUACGGAGCUAGCGGCUGGGUCAGGAAGAGAAGCAGCGACCUGACAAGUCAGGUUCUUAGGGGAUGUAAAGACUCGACUUCAGCUUUAUUUUAAAUCAUGAUUCUCAGUCUUUCUCUGCUCCUCCCCACCCCCCUUUCUUCUUUAGUGUUUGACCUACCCAAAAAACUGUAUUGUUCUUCACAAUAGAAUGUUGUCUGUUUUAAAUGUAUGUUAGUUACUCAAGCUGUAAGAACAGUAUUUUAUUUCAUAGGUAUAUUACUAUUACUUGAGAUUUCUGGUACCUUCUUAUUAACAAAAUUAUCUUACAUAGCAAAGUUCUGAAAACUCGUAUUAAAAGAUUAACCAGUUACUUCCCUCAAAAUCAGGGAAGACCUUAAGGAGGACAAUGCACACUUGCCGAAAAGUCCAAAGAGUGACAUUGCGGGAUCAUUGUUACAUACAUAUAAUUUAUGUGUCACUAAUUACAUGUAAUACAGAUUUCAACCUCUAGUUUCACUAAAGUCGUUUUUGAAACCACUAACAAUAAACCUCUGCAACUUUUAGCAGCAGUCAGGCGCAUGGUCUCUGUCUUUGUAAAAAGACUUACGGUGACUUGUUUCUUACUUGACUUUUAUAAAUAACAUUUAACACUUCCCCCCCUUUUAUUUCAUAAG